UUGGAGGUCUCAUGGUGACAGAUGUCAGCCAUCUUUCUUCUCAGUGAAACCUACGGGCCAUGGUCAUUGAUGAAGUUAGUGUGUUUUCCUAAAGGUAUUGCAAUCAGGUGUAGGGUUUGAAAGUUAACAAUGUAUGACAUGUGUAAUCAGGUGCAACUGUGGAGCCAUUUGGGUCUUUUGUGUCUAACCUCUUCACACGUUGGGGAGACUUGGAUAUAUCCAUUGAGUUGCCGAAUGGUUCACAUAUUUCAUCGUCUGCAAAGAAGCGAAAAAGGAGUCUACUUGAUUUACUGUUAAGAGUUUUGAGACAGAGGGGUAAUGUAGUUUCAUGCCAUCUCCUUUAGUUAAAAUUUUGUCUUUCUUGUUGCUUACUAAUAUAUUUAUGUAUAUGGCUGAAGGGUAGGAUACAUUGCCUAGGCUUUAUGGUUCAAUAAUUCAUCAUAAGAGUGGCUCCUGUGUAUUAACACCAUUGGUCUGCAGGUGGAUGGAACAGAUUACAAUUUAUUUCCCGUGCAACUGUUCCCAUUCUGAAAUUUGUCAGUAGCCCCCAUGGCAUCUCUUGUGAUGUUUCGAUUGAUAAUCUUGAGGGCCAAAUGAAGUCCAAAUUCUUGUUAUGGAUUAAUGAGAUUGAUGGGCGAUUCCGUGAGAUGGUUUUACUGGUAAAGGAAUGGGCCAAAGCUCAUGAUAUAAACGAUCCAAAGAAUGGGACAUUAAAUUCAUAUUCUCUGAGUUUGCUGGUUAUCUUUCAUUUUCAGACAUGUCAACCUGCAAUUUUACCUCCUUUAAGAUAUCUAUAUCCAGGAAAUCUUGUUGAUGAUCUUAGAGGUGUUAGGGCUGUUGCAGAGAGACAUAUUGCGGAAGUAUGUACUAACAACAUUGCCAGGUUUAAAUCAGACAGAUCUAGACUACCUAAUCGGAGUUCUUUGUCUGAGCUCUUUGUUUCGUUUAUUGCAAAGUUUUGUGACAUAAAUUUGAAGGCCCAUGAGCUAGGAAUCUGCCCUUUCACUGGACAGUGGGAAUAUUUAAGCAGCAAUACGAGAUGGCUACUAAAGAAUAAAGCAUUAUUUAUUGUGGAUCCAUUUGAGCAAGAAUCAAAUACUGCCAGGACUGUUAGUCUCAACAAUUUGACAAAGAUAUCAGAAGCAUUUGUGACAACUCAUCGUAAACUUGUCUCGGGCAAUCAGACUAGAAAUUCUCUCCUCGCUACUUUGGCCAGACCACAUAUACUUCCAUUCAAUACAAAUGGCGCAGUCAAUUACUCAAGGUACAAUGGUUUGCCCAACCUGACACACCGGGCUGGCAACUCACCUCAAAUGCAGCAUCAUUACCGGGCUGGUAGCUCUGGUAGCUCACAAAUGCAGCAUCAUUACCAGGCAGGGAACUCACCUCAAACUCAAACGCACCAUCAGUACUUGCCUGUGAGUUCUUCUCAAAUGCAGGCUCAAUAUGGGUAUCCAAGACGCCCAACCCCUCAGGGUCAACAUCAAUUUCAGAACAGGAGACAAUCACCAUCCUUUCAGUUACAAAUGCAAUCUCAGCAUCCUGGUCAAGGCCAGAGAAAGUGGACACCGAGGCCCUAGUAAAUAAACUCAUAAACCUGAGAUUUUAGUACUUUGGUUGUUAAGGCAAAACUAGGCAUUCAAGGGAUCACCUCAAACCUAUAAAUUCGAAUUUCAUUCAGCAUGUAAGAACUCUGGAGGAUGUUCAUCCUGAAGUUUAAUGGAAUAUAAUCUACCUUGUUUUGUGUUUUUUAUUUUAUUAUUAUUUUUUUCUUGGCACGGGAGGAUGACUCAGGGUGGUGAUUUGUUUUGAACUGAUACUCAAAACUCAAGUGGUGAUUUAAAAUGGCAUAUUCUGUAUAAUUCAAAUCAUCAACAGACUAUUCAAGUGUUUGAGAUUGAAAUUAUGAGGUCAGGUUUAUUUCUGUGUAAGUCCAAAACAGAUUUGAUUAAGGUUACAUUUGGGAACAUGUAUUUGUAUUUGGAGUAUGUAAAUCUAUUUUAAAAUACAUUAUCAAAAUUAAA